UAUUUUAAAACAUCACCGUCAAUAAUUUCUAUUUUCACACAAAGAAUAUUUGCGCUGACCUUAUGAGCACUUUGUGCAGUCGGAAAAGAUUUGAUUAUUUAGUGAUGUUUCUAACUUUGACGUUCUAUAAGUGAAGCUGAACUCUUCCGUCAUUUACUUCCUAAACGUGCCCGGACAUGCCUAACAAACUCUGACUUUCAAAUGGAGCUCAUUAUGAUCUCAGCAGCCCACAUCAGACGCUCAGCGCUGGAAACAGCUGAUGUUUGGACAUCAUGACAGUGCUGCAGACCGAGACUGUUGCUUUGGCUGGAAUGAGUGAAAACCUGUGGCUGGAAAAAGCUUGCGCUCACCUUAUUCCUGCUUUACCAUUAUGGAUCAUUGAAUAUGCAUGGACUAAACGGAUGAUGGAGGUCUUAGAAGUUCUAGGACCUCCGUUGUGGCUAGAAGGUGACUGGCAUCUUCUGACCCUUGAAGAGCCGUGCAGAAUCCGGGUGGUGGCGGCAGAGGUCUGGAGGAUCGUGCAAGCCAGAGACAUCAAGCAUUUUGAGCGAGUCACUGAGUUUUUGGAUGUCACAUACACACUUGUGCCAAGACUAGUGACUCCCAUCAAACACAUGAAGAUCAUGUUUGGUCUGCAGACUCUGGUUAUCAUGUGGAUGUUGUGGAAUGACCAGAGCAUCGCUAAAAUAUCUGACAAGAUUGAAAAGUUUUUUCCUAACAGCCUCCAAGAGUAUCACAAAUGUAGCCGCAGGAACAUGGAUCUGAUGCAGAAAAACCGGGAAGAUUUCAAGUCCUUUGCUCAUGUUCUGGCCAGAGACAGGGAUAUACGUGAGACUUACAUUCGGGAUUUAAUGGAAGAGCAAUAUGGUGAAUGCUAUGCACAGAAACUGGAGGAGAGACUUUCUCACUAUUUGGGAGAGCUAGAUAAAGUCCUGCCACAACCUACAUAUAUUGAUCAGUUACUGAAGCAGUCCUAUUCAUAUGGGAGGGGAGAGAAGAUCCUGAAAAAAUUACUUUCAAUUAAAAGUGCCUCUUUAGCCUCAGUUCUGAAGAGACUCCUAAAUUGCGCAGUAACAACAAAUCUAAGCCUUGACGACAGUCUCACUCCAUCACUUUCAUGCACUUGUGAGGAACAAAGGGACGCUGAAGUUGUUAAACCAUCUCAUGGUACCCUCCGUGUAUUUUUGAGGUCAUCUCAGAACAGCACAAAAGAGGAUGGACUCUUUGGUUCUCAGGGCUUGUGGCAAAAUAGAAACACGGAUACCAUUUGUGGGGAUGGAGUAAUCGUUACAUCUACGCAGUUGUCAGAUUCUGAAAUCAAUCUGAUUGACUUCAGCCAAUCUCCUCUGGCGGAGAAGGACCUGGUUGGGAGGGAGAGACAGGCGAAGACUCAAUCUGAACCAGGAGAGAAGGAAAGUGAGAGGGAUUUCAAAGAGCAGAUGUGCUCUAGGCAUGGCAAAACAAUGAGGAGCAUCCUUCAGGAAUGUUCUGAAGAGCCUGAUGGAGAAGUCGUACAGGCAGAAUGCACUCCCACAUCAACCCAGAGCACUCCACCUCUUCUUCUGUACUCACCACAACCUCAAGCAUCUCCAAACCAGCACUCACAGUCCUCAAACCCAGAUUCAUCCUCUACGAACAUUUCAUUGUCUUACAUCCAGCAGGUCAAUCUUUCCUCAGUGUCUUCAAAGAAUCCAGCUGCUCCUUCACCUUCAGUCUUCCUAGAGUCCUCAUCAUCUCAUUCCGCAGCCUCAGAGCAACUCGGAAUCGAUGCAGGAGAGAUUUUAGCUACUGCUGUCUUCACUGAACCAAGCACGACCAAUAAACAUGAUCUGAAACUGUCCUUAGAGAGUCAAAGCUUCCUCAUGCAGUCCAAGUGGCUUCAACCUCAAGUGUGUCUUAGUAGACUGAGCAAGGAAGAGUGUGUCAGAGCUAUGUAUUCAUACAGAGCCUGUGACAUUUUAGAAGGAGAACAAGAGCAUGAAGGUGAUCAAUACAUGUUAUUUGAUGUAAACACACUUUAUUCAGAUUCAUACUCGGAAGAUUUUGAAUCAACAGACUCUGAUGACCCUGAUUACAAGCCCAACUAAGACUAAAACAGAGGACUGCAAGCAGAUGUGGUCUUCAUCCUGGUUAUCGGAUGCAUAGGUACUCUGACACCUAUUUUAGCAUUGUAUGUUGAAUGUUUGAAUGCAAUCAAUUAGGGUUGGGAAAAUAUGCAGCUUUUUUACAUUACUGUUACCUUAUCGGUUUACCUCAUGGUGGCCAAGAUGCUUCAAGCUCUUGAUGGUCAACAGGUCAGUCUUUUACCAGUGUCCUCAAAGAUUCCAGUUACUCCUUCAUCUUCAGUUCUCCAACAGUCCUCCUCAUCAUCCCAGUCCACAGCCUCAAAGCAACUUGGAAUCAAUGCAGGACAGAUUUUAGCUAUCGUUGUCUUCACAGAACCAAUGAACACAAUCUGCAACUGUCCUUAGAGAGUCAAAGCUUUCUCAUGCAGUCCAAGUGGCUCAAACCUUAAAGGGUUAGUUCACCCAAAAAUCUAAAUGAUGUCAUU